AUGGGAAGAGGGUUGAAGGGACUGGUGAAGAAGGGAUUGGGGGAGAUGGGUUUCACCGCCGGCGGCGGGGUGAUCAAUUGGUUCCCGGGACACAUGGCUGCGGCAACUCGCGCCAUACGCCAGCGCCUCAAGGUUUCCGACCUCGUGAUUGAAGUCCGCGACUCUCGUAUACCGUUGUCGUCUGCAAAUGCUGAUUUGCAGCCUCAGCUGCUGUCCAAACGUCGCGUGAUUGCUCUCAACAAGAAGGACUUGGCGAAUCCUAAUAUAAUGCAUAAAUGGGUAAGUUAUUUCGACUCCUGCAAGCAGGACUGCAUACUUGUCAAUUCGCAUAGCAAGAGCUCUGUCCAGAAGCUUCUUGAACUAGUGGAGUUGAAGCUGAAGGAGGUGAUGUCAAGGGAGCCUACUCUCCUUGUUAUGGUAGUUGGUGUCCCUAAUGUCGGGAAAUCUGCUCUCAUCAAUUCUAUUCACCAAAUCGCGUUGUCUCGCUAUCCUGCACCCGACAAGCUAAAGCGAGCUACAGUUGGUCCUCUGCCUGGAGUCACACAAGAUAUUGCCGGUUACAAGAUUGCUCAUCAGCCUAGCAUAUAUGUUCUAGACACACCAGGCGUGCUGGUCCCUAGCAUUCCCGAUAUAGAAACAGGGCUAAAGCUAGCCCUUGCAGGAUCAGUAAAAGACUCCGUCGUUGGUGAAGAGCGAAUUGCUCAGUACUUGUUGGCAGUUCUAAACCUCCGCGGCACUCCCCUCUCCUGGAAGCACUGGAACAACAGGAAAAUGGACGGGAUCCGAUACAAGCCCGAGGACAAACAAAGCUACAACCUUAAAGAGCUUCGACAAAAGAGAAGGAAGCAGCCCGACUUCUCCGAUCUCAUCUAUGUCGAGGAUAUGGUGACCGAAGUCCAAUGUGCUCUUUAUCGAACUCUGACGGAAUUCGAUGGCAACGUGGAGGAAGAAAGCGACCUGGAGCAUCUCAUAGAAGAACAGUUUGGCGCGCUGCAGAAGGCCAUGAAGAUCCCUCACAAAGCAGGAGAAGCUCGGCUGAUGGUGUCGAAGAAGCUCCUAACUCUGUUCAGAACGGGGUACAAUAAGAAGGCCGUGGCUGUCCUCUUCUGCAUGGCAUUGAUACUCAUGCAGACCAGCUUCGCCGUGGCCGACGACUCCGCCGCCAGCUCUGCUGCUGCUGCUCCGUCGCCCGACGAGGCGUCGGCGAAGAAAGCAGCCGAUUCGGAUAAAUUCUCUUUCGAUCGCACGUCCAUGUGCUGCAACAAACUGAUCACGCUCUGCUGCGACAAGACUGCCAACCAGAUGACUGAUAGCUCCGCUCCAGCUCCCUCCAUUGUCUAG